CUCAUUUUAUUUCCUUAAUCCGUUUUCUAUUGCAAAUUUCCAACAUUUAGAUUUGAUCUGUUUCGAAAAUAAUUAUAUUUAAUUGUUUAGAAGAGGAACGCGAUUUAUUACGAUGGGGUAUAUGGUCGUAGAGAAACACACAUCUGAUCUUCUCCAUCUGAAGAGGUCUCCUGGGAUCAGAUCGUGGUCCCUCCUUGUUGGUAUUGCUUCAGUUGGACUGGCAGCAGCCUAUUACAGCGCUGACAGCGUGUUAUGGAAGAUGUUCUAUGUGACGGGCUGCUUUUUUGUGGCUCUACAGAAUAUGGAGGAAUGGGAGGAGGCAGUAUUUGAUAAAUCCAAGAACGAGAUCGAAUUAAAGACGUUUAGUCUCUAUACCAUGAUAUUGACUUUGUGGAAAAGAGGGCAUGAGAGAGUGGUGUUAGAUCUGCAGCACCUGCGGGACGUGAGUGUUCAGGAGGAGAGGGUGAGGUAUUUGGGGAAGGGUUACCUGUUGGUGCUACGUCUGGCAACGGGUUUCUCUCACCCUCUUACACAAAGUGCCACGCUGGGCUCACGCAGUGAUGUGGAGGCACUUGCUGCACUUCUGAAGCACUUCUUGGGUCUUGAAGAGUUACAGCGACGCUUGAUAGCAGAAGAUUAUCCUGAGGAUGAUGACAUUGAAGAUCUGGGAUUGGGCGAUAGCAGUGAUUCAAAAGAUGAAGAUGAACAUUAAAAAACCUGGAAAAUACACUUUACGUGAAGCCUUACAUGAAACAACCAAACAUUCCAGUCUUACAAACAUCCUGAUGACAAUCUCAAAGCGGCAUUA